AUGCCAGCAGAGUGUGCGGUAAUUUUUGAAGAGGCAGAAGAGAAUCUAAGUAUAAUUAAAAGCAAGUUUUCGUCAACGUUGUCAAACAAAAAUAAGUCUCGAGUUUGGGAAGAAAUCACCACCAAAGUGAAUGCCAUCGGUGUAUGUAAAAGAAGUGUUGUGGAGGUGAAAGAAAAGUGGAGGGGUAUGGUCAGUUCAGCCAGGAAAGAACACAGCAAACACGCUGUGUCACGAAGCAAGACUGGGGGAGGAAGAAAACCAGACUCCCCAAAAGGAACAACAGUGAAGAUAAUUCAGUUGUUUGAGGACGACCCUUCGUUUAGCGGCAUUUCCGGUGGGAUAGAUUCAGGUAAAUCACUGCUUUGCUAGAAAUUCUAUAACUUUUAAUAGCAGUAUAUCUACGGUAUGAAGCUGUCUGUAUUUCAAAGGUACACGAGCGAAACGAUAAAUCACUUUAAGUAGCUAUGUUUCGCCUGAAAGGCGUUUGCGUUGAAUUCUAGUUGGUAACUUUUUCGCCUUCACUAAUAUAUAGAUUUAGCCAGGGCUAAAAGCGAGGCUCCCAUUAAUAAAUUUAUAAUUUAAAUUAAACAAUAAACUUGUAUUCGAAUUCCACAAUUAAUUCCACAAUUAACUUUAGAGCACAUUUAUGUCACUUUUGAGGGAAAGGCUACCAGAUUUUAGAGAAAAAUAAUUUGCAAACAGCCCAAGAGUGAACUAAAUCUUACAUCGAGUUGAUAGCCUCAUAUGUACACUCAAAAACUGGUAAUUCAUCUUCGAUCACAUUUAAGAGCCAUAGUGGCUCUUGAUCACCGUAGAUUAAUUAGUGGAAAAAAAAUCAGGCCAACUUUUUUGCGUUCGACAAGUUUACUUUGCAAAAUCUUGUCAACAAAUCUGGGUGCGUGUAAACCAACUGUUUUUAUCAUACCGGCAUUCAUAAACUGUUAAAAAAAUUUCCAAAAUCACCUAUACGGCCAUCCGGUUCUCACUUUUGCAGUGCGAGCUGUGGCGAGUGUUUGAAUGAACAUAAACAGAGUUACGCUCCAACAUUAUAAAGAAUUUAUUAUGUUUAUUUUUUAUUUAAUGGUUUAACGCGCGGCAUUUUGAGUACUCCUGCAAACGACGGAUGUUCACUGAACGACUGAAAGCAAUCGGCACAGCGAAUAAAAUUACAAGAGAGACUACUAACAAUCAAUAAAAGAAAUAUAAUUCGGUGAAACAUAUACAGAGACAACAAUUUUCAUUCAUGAAUACAAGUAUUAAAGUGUCCCUAAAAACCCUGAGUCUUCAAGCUUCAAGCUUAAGUUUAUGUUUUAAGCCGGCUUCCCGGUCGUUGCUUUUUUCAAAGACGAACUCGAGGCAAGAAAAUCGCUCAAAGCUUUCUUUUCCGGCCAGAAUUAUAACUAAAUAUUCUUUGGAACGUUUUCUUUCUAUUUGUGGUGAGAAACUGUCUAAAGGCUUUUUAAAGUUCUGUAAGCUUAUAUCAAACCUGAUACUCGGUCAGAUCAUUGUCACAAAUCUUACAAACGUGCAUAAACUAAAUGCCCGCAUAAACUCUGCCUGAAUUCAUUAAAUUAGAUACAAAAAAACAAACAUCAAAUACAAUAAUUUCUCUGGCUUACCAUUCGAGAUGCAGCUCCUGAAAGGUAUCAAGAAAAGCCAGUAUCGCUUCAGACUUUGCAAUCCUCUUACGCAUCAAGCAAGGUGAAAACCAAAACGAUGCCAUCCGAAAUCGGAUUUCCGACUUUGACAAGCGACGUAUUCCUCAACCAAAAACCCAAUAAACAAACUAGCCAUGAAUAACAAAAGACUCCUGAUAGCAGCUGAAUUUCAUUUUGCACAUCCAGUGGAAAAAGACAGUUAAAAACAUCACAAGUUGACACAAAACUCUGUCAGCUUCAGCUGUCAAAGUAAACAAGAUUCAAGAUGCUGCAUAAAUUUUCCGCAUGAACUCACCUGUCAAAUUUUGACCAAUCAGAGCAUAAAAAUUGGACGUAGAGCGUGACCAACCCGUGACCAUGGUGAGAAAAGUCAUAAGCAACUGUCUUCCCUGCCUGUAACAGCUGGCUGAAUUUUCGUGUCCAAGGUCAGUUUGCAAUCAAAAUUUUAAUUGUGUAGCACAUAAACACAACAUAUUUCAUAUGAAUUUAGAAAAAAAUUGAUCUUGAGCCUGCGAUCAAUUGAGAACUAGUAACUUGUCAGCGGAUAACUUCAAAAAAAUACUUGACCUCGAUGGGUCGACACCUGAGCCCGCGAUAUGGUCAAGUGACACUGGUCAGCGGGUACCCUGUUUUGACAGCUGUCAAUUGAUCAAAAGAUUGAUGUCCAAUAUGCGUGCAUUAUCAGUUUAACUAGUGAAAGUAUGAGAUUGAACAUUGUUCGCAAUCUAGUAAAACAAUUAACUGGUCAGCGGACAGCUUCCAAAUAAAUCACGUCACCUCGAUGAGUUGACAUAUGAGCCCGUGAUAUGGUCAUGGGAUACUGGUCAGUGGCUAUCCUGUUUUGACAGCUGUCAAUUGACCAUAUUGUGAAUGUCCUGUACUAAAAUCCUAUAUUAAAGAUGUGGACUUGCCAAGACACGCCUGAGACACCCCUCCCUUCCUUUUCAUAGUCUCCCCUACCCCACCCGUACAAUCUGUAGACGCGUACGUACGUACGCUCGGUCAAUCACGUGACAACCAAACGAAAAGAGGUUGACCAUAUUCCAUGGGUAUGGGGCUCUGUCCCACGCGCGCUUCGCGCGCGCGGCAGCCCCGCUAUUAAGUCUUAAGCUUUCAUACGCUGCAUUUUGCCCAGGAUGCGUUGGACCCAGUAGAAGUUAAAAUGUUUCCGGCUAAAGUUCACUGAAAAGUGAAGAAUUUUCUUGUAAAAAUGGCUUAUAGUAACGCUCAUAUCGUAAUGUAUAUAUUUUCGUUGGUAUACCGAUAUUCGCAUGCAUGAUUUUGAAAAAACAAAACCAAACCAUUCUCCGCUUUAAUAUGAGCGAGUGAGCGAAUAAUUUUGGAAACCUGUACCAAACGAAUCUAUCGAAAACGGCUACUUGCACUAUAAGAGCUAACCUUGUUUCGUUUCCUUUAAUUUUAUAAAAGAUGUUUUGGUCAAGCUGAAAAGCUCACCCGUUUCCUCAGCGGUCCGCAUAUUGUCAGCUGCGAAUUUGUCAAAAUUAUUCGGUAUAUAAAAAGCUACUGCCUUUUAUUCUAUCGUCAAAAGAAUUGAAACAUUGUCAACUUAAGCUAAGAAAGGUGUUACCAAAAUCGAUAGCAGUCUUGUUACCCAAGUUAGUUUUCUUUAAAUUACCAUUUGCAUAAAUAAGCUUAUUUUACCCAAAAUUUCAAUAUAUUAAUUUUAAUCUUUAAACCCAAGAAGCAGAUAAAGAGUGAGAAAAACUGGUCAGCUGCGUUGAGAUUCUCUGGAGUACUUAGUGGGAAAUAAAGUGUGAAAGGGACAAUCAGACUAGUUAUCGGUUUUAACACAAUGUUUACACACCACAAUGUUUAUGCAGCACAAGUUUCAGACUCAACCAGGGACUCAACAAUUGAUGCUGACAUCCUCGAAUAGUCAACUCUAUCUGCUGGAGAAACCAGUCCCUUUUCUGGAAACUCACCCACCAGAGAAACCAGCUGCCAGUCUUCAAUCGUGCCAGAUCCACUACCCAUGCCUGUAGCUCUACCUGAUACACAGCUGAAUUCCUCAAGCAGUUCUGCUGAAUCACUACCUGUAUCUUUGCCGUCAAAGACCUCAGCAAAGCUGCCUGAACAGCCCAAGAAAACUCCAAGAAAGAAAGUGACAAUGGACGAGAUCAAUGAACUGCACCUCGCUGUGCUUCAAAAAGAAAAAAUGAAACUUGACUUGGAAAUUGAA